AUGGCUGAAAAAAUUUUGCAAGAACUACCUGAAAGAGAACCACAAAAAAAGUACAUAGUUAAGUUUGAAGAUGUACAACACUUUCUCGAUAAAGAUUUACCAUUGGAUUUGUUAGGUCCCAAUUCCAAAAAUGUAUUCAAAAGAUUCAAUAUUCCUGAAAUUUUUUUAAAAGUUCAACCAGAAAAGUGGCAUGAAUUAGAAGAGUACCAGAAAGGAAAAAGCAUAUUAAAUUCAAUAAAGGUGGUCAAUGAUACGGCAGAACGAGGAGUCAAACUUAUGCAGGAAUAUAACGACAAGUUUACCACAAAUGAAGAUCAAAAACAAUUUGUUUUACAGGUGGUUCAAGAUUGCAGAAAACAAUAUCCUGGAUUUACUCGAGAUACUCUCAAGAAACCAUAUACUUAA